CGACAGAGCACAAACCCGAGCGUCGGCUCCGUGGCCCUCAGUUCGUCGCUCUCGACGCUCUCAGUUCGUCGCUCUCGAAGCUGUGCUGGCGGCGUGGCCGGGAACGCCAGCUGUCGGUUGGGUACAGCUGUGCCGACGUUGGGGGUUUGUGACGUUCGCAGAGUGAGAACAAAGGUUGGCGGUGUGGUGGUGCAACGUUCGAGGCUGAUCGAACCGCUGUGACUCCCUGGACAAUUUGAAAGUGGGAAACUUCGUGUGUGAGACAGCCUAUAGCUGUGAGCUCGGGAGUUUAACAAUCUUCAGUGGACCACGUUAUCCUGCCUGUAGCCUGUAUUCCAUCCAAGUCCGGCCAAUAGAGAAGUUGAGCCGUCGGAGGAUUCAAUAGUCCGGAUACUCAGGAUUGUGUGUGCUCUGAGACUCCUCACUGCUAUCCAGAGUCGAUUGUCGGCUAUCUCACUGACGUCAAUAGCGACGGAACAGCUGCUCUGUUCGGGUCAGUCGGCUCAGCGCCCCAGGUCAUGUACGAAAUGGCCGGUCAAGAGGUCAGCGCCUUUGACCCGGCCGCCGGCCAGCUGAGUCAACUCUAUCAGCUGAUGCCCGGAGUCAUGACUCCCUAUCAGCAAAUGGUGCACACGGCCCAGAUGACGUCACCGUUCCCGUUGCCGGCUCCGCACGCCGAGCCGGCCACCUCUGGCGCCGCCACAGGAGGGAAGGCUGCUGAUCAGGCCAAGGAGGCGGCAUCGGCAGCAGCGGCAGCAGCGGCAGCAGCAGCGGCGGCCACCAGUCUGGCCCAGCCGGGCCUAACGGCUCUGGCGGCCGCGGCAGGGGCCCCGAACGGCCGCGAGCCACCGCCGGCCACCGCGGUAACUGAGAGCGGCGGCGAUCCGCCCGCCGGAGCCGGCGACGGCGAGGGAGCCGCCGCCGCGCCCGCCGCCGGAGGGGUCGCCCCCGCCCCCGCCCCCGCCGGCGCCGCCACGGCCGGCGCAGCGGCGACCAAAGAGCAGCCGAAGCGUCUGCACAUCAGCAACAUACCGUUCCGGUUCCGAGAUCCCGAUCUACGGGCCAUGUUCGGGCAAUUUGGUCCGAUUCUCGACGUGGAGAUCAUUUUCAACGAGCGAGGCUCCAAGGGAUUUGGGUUUGUGACGUUUGCCAGUAGCGAAGACGCUGACCGCGCUCGUCUCAAGCUUCAUGGACAAGUGGUUGAGGGCCGGAAAAUUGAGGUCAACAACGCCACCGCCCGCAUUCAGACCAAGAAGCCCUCCUCGUCCUCAUCGGCGCUACCCAAUGCGGCGGCGCUGCGCGGCGCCGCCCUGCGCCGGGGCAGCGUGCGCGCGCUGCCGGCCGCUGCCGCCGCGCCGUUCGCGCGUCAUCCGACCCCGCUGACGGCUGCCGCCGCCGCCUCGGCGCUCCAUGGAUACGCGCCGUUUUACUACGACCCGAUGAUGGCGAACCCGGCGAUGGCAGCUCAGCUCCAGUCUGGUCCGGCGGCGGCGGCGGCGGCCGCUGCCCAGGCGGCCCUGCUCAAGGGGCCGGCCGUAUCUCUGGCCCAGCCCGUCUCGGCGGCCGCCUACAGCGCCGCCGCGGCGCGCGCCUAUACGGCCGCCCUGGCCGCCCAGCAGCCGGCUGGCCUGGCGGCGGGGGCGGCCUCGCCGGCCGGGCCGGCCGCCGGACCGGCCGGAGCGGCGGCGGCGGCGGCGGCCGCCGCUCAGCAGGCGCAGCUGGCCCAGCUGGCCGCUCUGGGUAUCCCGACGUCUGGGGAGUACGGAUCGGAUCCGUACCUCGGACACGGAGUGGGACCCGUCGCCGGAUACGGGGCGAGUAUGUACCGGGGAGCGUACAACCGGUUCGCGCCGUACUAGAACCACCUCACCACCAGUGGCGGCUGGCGAUCGGCUGAAAAAAAAAACGCGGCAUCUGGUGUUGUUUUCUCUUUGAAAUCUGGUGACAUUUUACCGGCCGCUGGUGGAACUGCAUUGCAUGGCAGGGAUUUUACCACCAACGAAUUUUGACAUUUUAGUAAAUGCUGUCAGUGUUGGCAGUCAUUGUUGGCUCAGGCAUUUGAACUCACUGUCAAUAGGGCAUUGAUUGCAUGCCCUGUGUAUAGGAAUCUCGCUCCUGUUGACAUGAUGUCGUAUGCACCGUUCUGCGUUUGGGCGUUCGAUAAGUCUCGUGUCUGUUGUGUUCCGCCCUUUUUCGCGCAAUUUCCCAGAUCUGGGACCGAUAUUACUGCGACGAUGACGUCAUCCGGCUGCCAGACGGCGCGACGUCAUUACACGGGUGCUGCCAGACCAAACGCCAGUGCCGACGGCAUCUGAAGACAUUCGCAGAAAUUUGGGGAUAUUUUGUCUCGGGAGCUGUGCGUUGAAUUUCGGGUGUCUGCGUGGCCGGCGACUGAGCUACCGGGCGGCUGGGACGCCCGUCUCGACUUUGGGGGUCGAUCAACACUUAUGGUGGCCCCAUCGUCUUGUUUAGGUCGCGAUGCAGCGUCAGUGGUCGAUUGAUGUGAAAACGCCUGUACAAUACUCUGGAUAAGAUCUGUGGCAGCGAUCGCGGGUUCGAAUCCCACCGUCUGCCGGGUUUUCUCGCCGCCGUCGCACGCACAUGGGAAUUGGAGGCGGUUGGAUAGUCGAUGCGAGGUGAAUACUGCUCAUUUUGUGUUAAUUGGAGUUACACCAUCUCAUGCCGUCAUCUGGCCGUCAUUUGCCCGUCAUCGGACCGUCAUUUGGCCGUCAUCAGCUGUUUGGUGACUGGCCGGCGCGGUGACGGCCGCCCUCCCGUGUACAAAGUAGGUGCAAUGUCAUGAAUACAUCCGCGGACAGGUUGACGGCCA